AUGGACGAAAGUACUAUCUUUGCUGAUCCGUUGCUGGAACCAGCAGAGACACAAUUUGCUCGUGUCCUUAAGGACUUCAAGUUAGGCAAUGGUCCUGAAGACCCCUUUGCGGUGGUGAAGAACUUCACUUCCAUCUCAGCGAAGAUUGCCUUGGCCCUCAGUCAAAAGCAAGAUACAGACGAGUCUGCUAAACAAGAGUUUGAAAAUUGGAAUCUCGAGACAAAGUUAUGGCACUUAUUUGAAUUGCUUUACUCGCUUAGGCUUUCUGAUAGCAAGCCUUUUGAAGCACCUUCGUAUGCAUCUAUGAAAGUCAAGAGAGACGCCCACUUAUCCAAGAAUCCUAAGCUCAAGGAGAUGCUUCUUAUUAUACAAUGGCUUCAGUAUAACUCUCCAGGGUGUCAGUUUCCUCCACUUACGGAUGCCCAGAAACUGAAGUGGUUGCAGACUACCAUAAAGUCGAAAACGAAAUCCUUGUCAGUCAUGGCCAAUUCCCAGAAUGCCUCUUCACAGCUUGUGUCUACGAUAGAUUCGGACGCUCCUUUACGUGAGGGUAAGGAGAUUGUAAAAGAGGAUUUCGAUGCCGAUUCAGAAGUGUUCUUCCAAAUUUACCUGAUCUUGCUUACUGGAGACUAUCAGGGAGCAAUUGAUCUUUCAAAUGAAACAGGCAACUACACUGUGGCUCUAAUCCUUUUGGGUGCCAUUCAAGAUUAUCAUGAUCCACAAGUUGAUGGGUCUGAUGGCGCUGCCGACGACAUGGAUGUCGAUUCUUCUGAGCCAUCUGGUAUUCGUCACAAGUAUCUCUGGCACCAGACGGUCUACAAACUUUCCCAAGAAAAGAGUCUCAACAAAUACGAACGUCUCAUUUACACAUUCCUUAGUGGCGGUGAUCUCUCAGAGAACAUAAAGCUUGCCGAGAACAACUGGGAGCAAAGCCUCUUAAUGUACCUUUAUCAGUUGCUUACUUUCCAUGUGCGGUUGUUCGUCGAGAAACAACUUCCUGACAACGAAAAGCUUAAUUCAGUGCUUUUGCCAUCUCCGCAAUUUGAUUCUGUUGAUGGCAUUCUUAAUACCCUUCUGCAGAAAGGUGACGAGAGCAAGAACCCUUUUCGUGUCAUCAUGGGUAGCGUCAUGAUUGAUCAGCUUAACAUAUUUUUGCAUAACGCUUUCAAGGCGGACCAGGAAGAAAUAGCACAAGACUAUCAAAUUCUACGAAUUUUAACGCACUUGGCCGUUUUAACCCUCAUGCUUAAUAUUCACGAUGGUUCCAAGACACCCACACGCAUUAUCACCCGCUAUAUUACCAGAUUGUCAGACCUAGGGUUGGAGGAUCUAGUGCCUGUCUACUUGUCUUUCAUUCCUGAUGAGAAGGACGGCCGUGAGUGCUAUUCUAUCUUUUUGUCCACAAUUACCGACACUGAAAAGAGGGCUAGACAGCUCAGCAUCUUGAACAGUCUCGAAAUGAAUCAGCUUACAGGUGAUGAAACUCCAGGCAGUUCUGCUACAGAAGAUAUUCCUGACACAGACAAUAAGGUAUACAAUGUACUUAAAAGAACCGUCGAAAGGGUUAUGUUGGAGACAGAAGAACACUAUUCUCAAGAGGGUAAUGUCUUUGUGUCCAGGGAUGUUAUCGAUCCGGUUGAUGUGAAACUUUAUAGAUCUGUUGACUGGUUGUUUGACAAGAACAUGUACGAGGAAGCAAUUGCUGCGACUAAAGUUCUCAUGCGUCGUUUCCUUUUAACGGGAAGAAUCAAGUCUGUCCAAGCUUUCAGCCAGAAUAAGAACUUCAAGUCUCUUUUGAAGGACUAUGACUUCCAUGUUCAAACAAAAUCGCUUGACGGCAACAGCCCGCCUGCUAACAUUUCUGAAGGUGACAGGCAGGAACUUCUACAGUAUCAAGAACUUGUGGAAACACUUGACCUUCUAGAUCAAUGGAGAAGCUUUGUUGGUACAGAUGUUAACACUAGUCAAUUUUCUGAGGGAUUCUGGAAAUCCAAGGAUUUGGAAAAGUCGAUUGAGAAGACGAUUUUCAACCUUCAAAGACUCAUAAACACUUGGUUCAAGGAUAUCACGGAAGGAUGUGGAGACGAGGAACUGAUCAAGAUUUACACCGAGUACAGAAACAUCUAUGUCCCAUACUUCAUAAUCGAGCUUUUACAAGUUCUCCAACAAUCUAGAAGAACGGACUGGAAGUAUAUGCGCAAGGCUUUCCACUUGAUAAAUGAGGUCGCUGACGAUAAGGCCAAUGAUUUCUUGCAAUGCUUCAUCUCCUGUGGCAGAUUAGACGAGUUUGUUGGUUUGGCAGGUGAGAUAUCUAUUGUUGCCAGUGAAAGAGGUGUGAAAGGUAUUUUUGCAUGA